GAAGUUGGGUUUAUUUAGGCCUAUAUUGUGGCAAUAAAUAAAAUAAAUCGAAAUUUCUUGCUGCUUCCGGUCAUACUUGGCUGAUCUCUAUAAAAUGUGAACCAAAAACAGUUGAUUCAUCAUCAUUCUUAACUGCUUUUUGAAACCUCUUCUCAAUUCCAGAUAAAACUAAAGCAUUCAUUCGUGCCUCCUGCAAAUGGCGGGAACGAAACUGUUCCCUACCCAAUCCACUCACUCCCUUUCCUUUCGCCACUUUUUCGCACUCGCUCCGCCGCGUGCGGUGUCGUAUCCCACCCGUGUCCGCCUCGACUGUGCUAAACUCACUAGGCUUCGCGUCUUAGCUAUGGCGGCUAAAAGGAGUCCGAAACGUCUCAAGUACUCUGCUCCUCGCGUUUCCAAGAUAGAUGAUUUGGUUUACGUGGAAGUCGAUCCUUCGGGAACUGAAAACUGGAAACUUGAACCUGUAAUUGAACUUUUAAACCAAGGAGCUGUUGGUGUUAUUCCUACUGAUACUGUGUAUUCUAUAGUUUGUCAUUUGAAAAGCCAUUCAGCUAUUGAACGUCUUCGAAGAAUAAAAAACAUUGAACCUUCCAAGCCACUUAGUAUUUUAUGCCGCUCUCUUCGAGACAUUGACACUUAUACGACGGGGUUCCCUCGUGGUGAUGGCCAAGGUCAUGCGAAUAUUUUUCGAGCUGUUAAGCAUUGCUUGCCUGGGCCUUAUACUUUCAUCUUAACUGCUACCAAAGAGUUGCCAAAACAAUGUGUGAGGUAUGGCACAACUACAGCAAAAUAUUCUGCAAGGAAAAAUGUAGGUGUUCGUAUGCCCGAUGAUGCUAUAUGUCAAGCAAUAUUAGAAAAGAUGGAUGCACCUUUAAUAUCCACAAGUGUCAAGUGGCCUAAAGAAAAUGAGUGGAUGAUAGAUCCAGUUGUGAUAGCUGAUAUAUAUGGAGCAGAGGGUCUUGAUUUUGUCGUUGAUGGCGGCAUAAGAGUUGCUGAUCCUUCGACUGUUGUUGACAUGACUAGGGCUUCUCCCAAAAUUGUAAGGCUUGGAAAGGGACCGAAAUUGCACUGGAUAGCAUCAGAAGAUGAUAACGAAUCUGCUGUCUAUGCAGACGAGCUCAUUCCAUCAGCCACUUAAGAUUCUUUCUCUUUGUAAGCUUACAGCACAUCAGGCCUAUGGUUCAUUCGGAUUCAAGGUCGAAUCAGUUCACCUCCACAAAAGAGAUCAACAUCAAUGUUUAUCUAUAGUAACUGAGUUCAAGCAAAGGUAUUGUAUUUUGUAUAACUCUUCCAACUUUCAUGUUAACUCUUAUUAUUAUUAUUAUUAUUAUUAUUUUGACAAAAA